AUGUCGAGGUCACAAGUGAGUCACUUGAGCCCAUCCUCCCUACAUCGGAAUGAGAGCACGCCUGUCGGAGGAUUGAUUUCUACAGUGAGACACAGGACCUCAACCGCCAUUACCUUCGCUCCUCCAUCGUUCUCCUUCUUCACUUCUGACAGCCUCCAUCAUCGGAGCCGCCCAAUCAUCAUCCAGUCACGAGCAACCCAACCACCAAUGGAAGCCGUAACCACCAUCAUGCGUACGUUGCUGAUGCUGCCCUUCGACGAGGACAAAGUCGUCGCCUGCUGCCUUAAGGAUGUGUGCCUUCGCGACAUGGUUGCCGACGAUGUAACCGAAUCGUGA